AUGGCGCUCCGCAACACGCUGCACUCGUUCACGACGCUGAACGCGCCGUCGAGCCCGUCGGCCGACAGCAUCCCGUACUCGCGCCCCGUUACGCCCGGCGCGUCGGAAGCGCCUCUGAAGGUCGGCUGGGUCGGCUUGGGCGCGAUGGGCUACCCCAUGGCCCGCAACCUCGCCGCAAAGCCGCCCUCCAGACCGGCAAUGGGCCUCCCGGUCAGAGUGUGGAACCGAUCGACGGCCAAGAGCGAGGAGCUCGUCAAGGAGCUCGGCGAGGGCAAGGUCGCCAUCGCGCAGACGCCGGGAGAGAUCGCGGAGAGCUGCGAUGUUAUUUUUACGAGUCUGGCGAGCGAUGAGGUCGUGAAGAGCGUUUAUGCUCAGUUUGCAGAGGCGUUGAAGGUCAACCCACCGACCAAGGCCAAGAUCUUCGUAGAGACCUCUACCAUCUACCCAACAGUCGCCGGCGAGCUCGACGCCCUCAUCUCCUCAAUCCCCCACUCUCGUCUGAUCACCUCGCCCGUCUUCGGUCCCCCCGCGGCAGCCCAAGCCGGCACCCUCGUCGCCUACCUCGCCGGCGACUACCAGUCCAAGAAACUCAUCGCCCACCUCCUCGUCCCCGCCGUCGCCCGCAAGGUCACCGAUCUCGGCGGCAACCUCGAGAAGGCGCCGACGAUGAAGCUCAUCGGGAACAGCGCCAUCUUGGGCUGUUUGGAGGUCUUGGCCGAGAGCUUUACGCUUGGGGCGAAGAAUGGGAUUGAUCAGGCUAUUAUCUAUGAUUGGGUCAAGGAGAUGCUCCCCGCGCCGCUCUUCGCGCACUACGGCGACAAGAUGCUGCACAACAAGUUCGACGGCUCGAUCGGCUUCGGCAUCGACGGCGGCAUCAAAGACGCCUCGCACAUCCGUCGCUUGACAUCCCAAGUCAACUCGCCCAUGCCCGUCACCGACGUCGCGCAUCAGCAUCUGCUCGCUGCGAGGGCGAUUCAUACGGCGCAGGCUAGGACGGGCGCGCAGGAGUUUGAGGUGCUUGAUUGGAGCGCGCUUAUUGCCGGGACGAGGGUCGCGGCUGGGUUGGAGCCGUUCCAUAAGGAUGAGCCGAGCGGUGUGGUCAAGGAGGACUAG